AGGCUUCGCUGGUUCCCCUCCAUUCUUCCCUCGCGCCUUCAAAUCAUUCUACGUGGACGAAGAAAAACCUAAUCAAUCCUACAUCGGUCUAAUUGGCCAAGCAAUUAUGAGCAGUCCCGAUAAGAAGAUGGUUCUCAGUGAUAUCUACAAAUGGGUGCUAACUCACUACCCAUAUUUUCGCAACAAAGGUCCUGGGUGGAAAAAUAGUGUACGACACAAUCUCUCGCUCAAUGAUUGCUUUGUUAAAGCGGGUCGAAGCCCGAACGGGAAGGGAAAUUAUUGGGCCAUUAAUCCUGAGAACUACGAGGACUUUCGUAAAGGUGACUUCAGAAGGCGGCGAGCUCAGAGAAGGAAUCGAAAAUCAGGUCAAAAUCUGGAAAGUCCAACAAAUACUGACGAUGUUACGAAAGGCGAACAAACCACGGCGAUAAACGAAGACGAAGCAUGCUUGGAAAAACAAAUCACCUCAGAGCUCGAUACAAAUCGACUUACUCCAAAAGAUGAUAGCAAAGUACGAACAUUUGAUGUUGAAAAUUUACUUCGUGUUGAAACUUCGGAAUAAAUACGCUUUUGUGGAGAACGAGACACUUCAUUCUUAAAAAACAAAACAAAAAAAAACGAACAAACACGAACUAUAGAAAAUAAUAGACAACCCUCACAGCAGACCAAACCCGAGUUUUGCAACUCAGUGUAAAUAUAAACCGACUGGUUCCUUUGAGGUUAAAAGUUGCUUAGAAAAGAAUGAACAAACCCCAGCAUCUUCUUUUAUAAGGAAAGAACAAAACGUUGUAUAUUUUACAAACAGUUUGGAAGCUUACAAAGAGCUAAGAACACUGAUGUAGCUGACGUAGCUUUAAUUAUGUAUAUAUAAUAUGGGAAUUUACAUUAGGAAAAAAAUGUUUAAAUAUUAUUAAUAUAUAUCAUAAUGAAUAGUUUAUAUUAUCAUGUAAAAUAGAAUGCGCAAUAAAAAUUCGUUGCUUAUAAAAUGUGUAUAGUUUGUUAUCUAAGACAGACGAAACGGAUAUUCUGCAAGCCAAUAAUCAACAGGACCCGUUCAUCGUAAUUGUGGAGUAUAUCUAGGAUCAAACCUUGGCCCUUUCUUAAUUUUCUCGGGAUGCUGGUGACACAGUCAGUGUGUUAGUGCGUGUAUCUUUCACUUCAACGAACGGGUUUCAUUCCUGCAAUAUCUCUGCAGUUCGCUGGGAAAAAAUAUUGAAAUUCGUACCAUGAAAUUUGUGAUGGCAUCACUAUAUCCAUACUAUCCAUACUAUAACCAUAGUCUGGAAAUUGCCAUUAGUAUGACAAUUGGAUUUCCAUACUAUUUGCAACUAAGAUCUGUACUAUUUUCAUAGUAAGAAUUUUGAAAAGAAUUCCAAUGAUUGUCUUGAGUAUAAAUUCGUCUCAGGCACAUAUGCUAAGAGUCUGAUCAAGGUCACAACUUGAAAACCCAUAUACAGUUUUGUUUGCUGUAAACCGAUCAUCGUAUAACCUCAGUCCUAUAUAUUUCCCAUCGCCAAAAUAUAUAAAAUCAACCGCACAAACAGUACUUGUUUACGAAAAACCAACUUUGUAUACGCCUGUAUUUCCCGAGGGAAAAGCGGUUACAUUAGAAUCCCCGACAUCCACAGAGGAAAUUAAAGUAAAAUUUGAACAUGAUUAAACUUCGUAAUUAAUCAGCGCUACCACUCCUACAAUUGAGGUAGCAUUUAAAAAACCCUGGAAAUUUUUAACUAUAUCUUUUAAUUUAUAUGCAUUGCACAGCAGCAGUUUAAGCUUCAGUAACAAACUUUUUGCCAGAGAACAUUUAAUUGCUACAUUAUUGCAAUUUCAUAAGAUAUUUCGGUGAAUGUUUAAAGUCAGAUUGUUGGAGCCUUGCUUGUGUAAUAUCGUCUAUCAGACUCCCGGGUGGAUAAUGGCCAGGAAAAAUUUCAUUAUCUUUGACGGCUUUUUGCCGCCAUCAUAUAGAUUGUCUGCCGUUUAAAGCCUUACCUAACAGACAAAUAUUAAGCAAACGUUUACUCUGUCAUUUGGCUUUGGGGUGCCAUUUAAGUAAGGAUAUGUAGCAAUUAGCAACGGACCACCCUGACAUUACUGCUGUUGUAAAAAAAUCAUAUUAUGUCUCUUUCUCAGCUAACUAAGUCAAGCAUGGUUAGAUUAUACAGAGGUAUAGUCUAAUCUAUCUAUCUAUCUAUCUAAAUAAAUUAUUUAUCUAUAUAGUACAUGUUCUUUAAUGUGAGCUACCUUAAAGUGGUCUGAUGUUGUACAGAACUCACUGCUGAGUUAAGCAUGGUUAGAUCAUGCAGAGGUAGUACAUAUUCUUUAAUGUGGGCUACCUUGAAGUGAUCUGAUGUUGUACAGAACUCACUGCUGAGUUAAGCAUGGUUAGAUCAUACAGAGAUAGUACAUAUUCUUUAAUGUGAGCUACCUUAAAGUGGUCUGAUGCUGUACAGAACUCACUGCUGAGUUAAGCACAGUUAGAUCAUUCAGAGGUAGUACAUGUUCUUUAAUGUGGGCUACCUUAAAGUGAUUUGAUGCUCUACAGAACUCACUGCUGAGUUAAGCAUGGUUAGAUCAUGCAGAGGUAGUACAUGUUCUUCAAUGUGAACUACCUUAAAGUGAUCUGAUGUUGUACAGAACUCACUGCUGAGUUGAGCAUGGUUAGAUCAUGCAGAGGUAGUACAUGUUCUUGAAUGUGAGCUACCCUAAAGUGAUCUGAUGUUUUGCUUUUCAAUAUGGUGUGACCGUUUAACCAGCCGUCCACUAGCAAAACAAAACACUUGAAAUACUCUCAAGUGAAAUAGCGUGGCAGUGUAAACACAUGCUUUAUAUAACAGCCAUAAAUGUCAAACAAAAGGCCUCUUUCAAACUUGUUUAUCAAAGUUUUCUUUAGUUCAAGUAGAAGACGUUUUAGAAACAAAUAUAGACAAACCUAAGCAAUAUCAGGCAAAUUCCAGUUUCUUAAUUUGUCGAACGUGCAUGCUCAAACACAUGCUUGAUUUAGUGUAAAAUAUCAUGAAGGAAAUCGUUGAUUGCGCACUUGGUUGUGUUGGGAUGCCAGGGAUUCCGCUUGCAAUUUAUGAUCCCCUUGCCCAGUUUGUGGCGAACACAUUGAAUAUAUAAACUGGAAAUUUUAUUCUAAUUUUAUCGUCCAGUAAUGUUGAUAAGAGACUUCACUGUUUAUUGACUCUUGCCCCAAUAACCUCGUUUUCACGUUGGGUUAUUUUCACAUGUUUUGUGUAGUUAAGUGGAUAUGUUUAUGAUUGGGCUCAAGAUCAAAGGGAAACACAUUCGUACACGAAACAUGAAGAUAUCACGUGCGCCUGUUAUGCUAACAUGGAAACGAGGUUAUUGACGCAAAAUUGGAAUAAGCAUGAAAGUCUGUUGGAAAAAAAAUUGAAUAUAUCUAAAAAUUGAAGCUGUUCAAGCAGCCCCAUAAUUAAAAUCUUCAUGAAGUUUUAGACUAUGUGAAAUUAUCAUAAUUGUUCCGUUUUGUUGAAAACAUCACGUUGAGGUAUUUGGCAAAGAUUUCGAUUCGUAUAUGCACGGAUCAGUGCAAACAAUAUAAGCAAAUAAUAUAUUGCAAGAAAUAUCGUAAGACUAUUAUAUUAUCUUCACUGAUAGGAAUCAAGGGCUUAUGGGUCGUGGCUUAUGUUACGUCAGAUAGAAAUAGAUAGAAAUUUUAUUUAUACACGCUGCAUGACCCCGUCAACCGAAGCUGAUUUCCACGAGGGGGUGUGCCAAAAAAACAAAUAAUUGUUUUACAAGAAAGUGAUAUUUUGAGCUGUGCAAAAUAUACAAGUGUUAAAAGAUCUAAGAGUAUUGAGGACAGUAAAUAAGAAAUCAUGCAAUACGAUAUUUCACAACAACAAAUCAAUUCCGUACCAAAUACUUAUGAUAAUUCUCAUAGUUGGCAGGUAAAAGUUCUUUCUCAGUAACCCAACCUUUGGUAACCUUCAAAGUAUCGCAAGCUUUGAAUGACGUGCAAUCUGAAGCACUGGUUAUAUUAAACUCCGUACAUGGUCUGUUUCUACCUCUCACUAUGUUGUAUAGAAAUACCAUGUAUAGCAUUAUUGAAAACAAACAAGGUUAAUGACAUGAUAGCAUCCUUAAACAUUAAAAUCAAAGAGUCAUUACUUGGCUCAAGUUUCUAAUAUUAGGCAGCGCGUGAGAAAUAAAUAUAUUUAACAUAUUCUCGGGAGGUGGAUAAUGCUUUUCAUACAAUUUGAUUGGUUGCUCAUUCCGGAUAUCCGUACAGUAUUUACCUCCAGACAAAAUACAGACGAGCACAUUUUUGUACUAAACGAGCUCCGUUUUUUCACCAAACACGAAGAAAACCUGAACGUUUUGUUUAACAGUUUGUAGAGGUAUGAUGCUUGUGAUGUUACUCUGAGUGUAUAUCCACACCGGGCGAGCUUGAAAAAUAUGCCUGAUCAUGGUGGGAAUCGAACCUACGACCUUUGGAAUACUAGCCCAAUGCUCUGCCAACUGAGCUUACGCGAUCAGGGCGGUUCGAGUAUGUUUUGUUUACAACUAUUAGGCAAACUGAAAUACACUAAUUAACCUUUUCCCAAAAGAGAUCUCAGGGCAUUCUGGGAUCGUUUGGAGGGACAAAAUAUAUGGUGACAGGCGUCAAAUAUGUGAAAGAGUAGAAGUAUCUACUAUCAAAUAUCAACUUUUUAGACGACCAAAAAUGAAAUAUCUCCUUUUUACAUUAAACAUUUAAUUUAAAUGUGUACUGCCAUAUUUCUUGUCCUUCCAAAAAGGGAUUCGCGCGACUUGACCCAGGACUUUGGGAAGUGGCUAAUUGUUUCAAAAAUAUUUUCGUUGUCUUUUGCUCAUUUUGUUUUUGUUUCAAAGUGAAUAUCCUUGCACUGUUCACAGCCAUUUCAGUGAAUAAUUCAGUUAAAUAAUCUUUCCAAAGAACGAUUGACAGAGAGACUUACUUUGAUUGAUUUAUACUGGAUAGCUCUAUCAGUUCUAAAAUGUUGUUUCCAAAGGGACAGUGUUACUACGGUAAAGAUAAACUCACGUUUACGCGUUUAUCUCGCGGAUCAUCCACGUUCAACUCGCGGAUCGUCCACGUUCAACUCGCGGGUCGUCCACGUUCAACUCGCGGGUUAUCCACGUUCAACUCGCGGGUUAUCCACGUUCAACUCGCGGGUCAUCCACGUUUAACGCGCGGGUCAUCCACGUUUAACGCGCGGGUCAUCCACUUUUAACGCGCGGGUCAUCCACGUUCAAUUCGCGAGUCGUCCGCAUUCACCUCGCGAAUCAUCCACGUUCAAUUUUCGGGUCAACUGCAGUGAAGUAAAAUCUAAAUUCAACUUUUUAUCGCCAGACUAGAGCAAAUGUUAACGACGUUACACAUUUUGACUGGUAAACGUUGUGACACUUUGGUUACAUGCUAUGUUAAGUUAAACCUUCAAGAUUUUGUUGGCAUCUCACUCGAUUGAAUAUUACUUGAGGGUCUUGUAGAUGGAAAUUAUCGAGUGGAAAUUUAUAUACAUUUAUUAAACCUAACCAGGAACAGAAGCGAAAAAUGCAACUUUUUUAGGUCCCUGGCAGGAUUCGAACCUGCGGCCCUUGUUAGGUGCAUAGAUAUCUUAUAUACACUAGAUAGCGCAUCUCUUUUAGUAAAAUUGAAGCCAAGAAUAUUCCAGCGGUUACCCCCAUUUGAAUAGAUGGCGGCCAUGUUGGUCGUUCCCACUUGCUAAAGCCUAGUUUCCAUUUGGUCGUUAGUUGUCGCUGGCACGACAUGUGGCAGAUGUAAUAGAGUGUCAACAAAAAACUCUGCAAUCAUCAAGACUGAUUUGCAUAUCACACAAAAAGACUAUUAUUAUAGCAGACUAUUUCACAUCUACCGCUUGUCGUGCCAGCGACAACUAACGACCAAAUGGAAACUAGGCUUAAUAAACGCUUAAAAACAACAGUAAUUUUCAUCAUUUGAAUAGUUUAAAAAUGCAUUUGGAAUAGGGUUAACUUAAUGUUUAAGUUCCCUGUUUAAGAAAUAGAAAACAUACGAAUCUUCUCAUUUCAUGGGAACGACCUGAGACUGCAAUCACGGCUUCAAUUUUUGAAUUGCAGAAUAACUAGAUGCACUAUCUAGUGUAUAUAAGAUAUCUAUGGUUAGGUGUAAUAAAUGUAUGAUUGACCACCACGUAAUGAAACUGUUCAUAUGACUCUUAGAUCCAGUCAUAGUUUUAACGUUGCAUUUCAGACUAACUAAAAAUAGCUUUAUUAUAUAUAAUGCAUUAAAUUAUUCAUCAUAACAUUAUUAGAACAUUCUAACAUUCUUAGAUCCUUUUAGAGACAUUUAGUUAUAUAGUAUUUUAAUAUUUUCUUAACUUGUAAAUAUAAACGUAAUUCAGCCUAUUGGCUGCAAUGUUUAUAUGUAAUAAACCAUCUAUCUAUCUAUCUAUAUAUUCAUCUAUACUGUGCGAUAGAGCACAUUUUAAUUUUAUAAUGUAUUCGUUGUUCUUUGUAGAUGUAAUGUAAAGUUUAGGGAAUUGUCAUAGUAUAGGGUUAACCUCACGAUUUCCUGUUCAAGAUUUUUGUAAUGUUAUCUUGAAUAAAUUAUGUAUGUAUGUAUGUAUGUAUGAUAAAUUUCUACUCGAUAAUUUCCAUCUAUACCCCUCAACCCAUGCUAAACCUUGGAUGCGAGAACGUUAUUUGAAUUAAUACGGUAUGUUUCACUUUAUCAUAUUGAAAUAAGUUUCUUGCAUACAAAACUGCAAGGUGUAAUAACAUGGCAAGGAAUCAAACGCUACAAAUUUGGAACAUUUUCCACGCCUUAAAAUCGUGUACAUAUGAUUUCUUUUUUCUAAUUUGCCAGCUUUCAACAAUCAAAUGCAAGAAUUAAACUGAUGUUUAGAAACUCGAAGAUCAGAAAAUAGCAAUGGAUAAAACAGUAAGUUUAUUCAUUCAUAGAUUAUUUACCUCAAAUAUGAUGCGUCAAGAUCAGGAAAUUGAUAAGAGUCCAGUGCUCUACUGUUACGAUGAAGUCAGCAGUUAAAGAGUUUGCUUGAGUCAUGAAUCACGGUCCAAGUGUUACGACUCAGCAUUGACGUCACGCGCACGAAAUGUAGUCGUGCGUCAGCGAUAUUAGUAAAGCUGUAAAGGCGUAAUAAAGAAUGAUAUUCAUGUAAUAAUUAACAAAUAGAUAAGAUUUUGCCGCUGUCUGUUCAGUUACAGAUACCCAGUAUGACGUCAUAAUGUGAGCAGAACAAAAAAGUGGCUGACGAGUCACCGAGGCGAGUUGAGACAUUUCUCAUAGAGUCAUCAUCCUGUAGAAAUAAAGGAAGCUUAAUUUGGCUUAUGCUUGCAUCGCAGUGAGGACAAGGCAUUCGAUUUAAGCCAGCAUUACAUAACUGUUUUACCCCCACUGAGAAAAAUUAUUGUAAAGUGCUACCAAAAAUCUAAGAGUCUCAUACCUACCCCCUCCCUGUAAGUCUCAAACGACAGAAGCGGAUUUAUAUAACAAUAAACAUAAGAAUGCAAGUGCCCUCGACCUUUGCUCUCGAACCUUUCAUGAGAAAUGCGUGGUUGACGAUACUGUUCUUCUUUUGAAAGAAAAAUAUCAGUCUUUGUUGUGUCAUUACAUGUGUUUGUGUAUAGCAAGAUAUUGGCUUUGUUUCAGCUUUUCAAAUUUCCUUAAUUUAGUUCUAAAGUGUUCAUGCAAUCAUGAAACAAUCCAAUACAACACUUCUCUAAAACCUACUCUAAAAAUCGUAACAUCUUUUGUGGUCUAUUUCGUAAUCUGCUUCUGCUAUAGAAUAUAUAAUAUGUUAUACUUGCCAUAAUUUAUACAUUUCAUACGAUUUGUUCACUGUUACUACAGGAAAAAACCUAAACUUAACUAAUUUUAUUUAUACUGGAUAGCUCUAUCAGUUCUAAACUGUUCUUCCUAGAGGUCCAGUAAGAACCAUCUCUUCAUUGAUCCAGUGUUACUACAGGAAGAAACCUAAACUAAACUAACUUUAUUUAUACUGGAUAGCUCUAUCAGUUCCAAACUGUUCUUCCUAGAGUUCCAGUAAGGGUCAUCUCUUAUUGUUCCAGUGUUACUACAGGAGGAAACUAAACUAAACAAACUUUAUUUAUUUAUUUACUGGAUAGUUCUAAACUGUUUUCCCUAUGGAGAUCCAGCAAGUAUGUAUUCUAUUGUUCUCGAACAAUCUAAAACAAAUUAAUUACAUAAUAGAGCAAUAAUUAAAAUCGAGUACUCAUAAUUAGUUAUUACUAUAUACAUUCCAUAAACAAAUAAUAUACACAAAAUUGGGUGGAUUCCAGACCUCCCCUGAAGAAAACCAUUAUGUUAAAAUGGCUCUUCACUCAAGUGGUUAAUUAGGGCGUGGGUGAAAUGAUAUCACGUGGUUUGUUUGAUAGAAGAGCUUUUUGUGCAAUGCCUGGGUAGAAUGUUUAUAGGGUGUGACCUAUACUUCGUAAAGAACUUUACUGGAGUCAAGCAGAAGUUAUUUUUACUAGUUAUUUUUAUCAACUGUAAACCAAAUGGCCUAUUCCUUGUUUGUGCAGUAUUGGCGCAGUGGUACUACAGGUGGAAACCUAAACUACUUUAAUUAUACUGGAUAGUUUUAUCUGGUAAAGACUGUUCUCAAAAGAGAUCCAAUAAGGCCAUCCUUUAAAUAAUCUAGUAGUAAUAUAUGGAGGAAGAAAUCCAAAUAAAAUAACUUUAUUUAACAGCUCAGUUCUAAACUUCUCUCUAGAGGUCCAGUAAGUUCCAUCUCGUAUUGAUCCAGUGUAGUAACAGGAGGAAACCUAAACUAAACUAGCUUUAUUUAUACUGGAUAUCUUUAUCAGUUCUAAACUGUUCUUCCUAGAGGUCCAGUAAGGCUCAUCUCUUAUUGAUCCAGUGUUACUGCAGGAGGAAACUUAAACUAAACUAACUUUAUUUAUACUGGAUAUCUUUAUCAGUUCUAAACUGUUCUUCCUAGAAGUCCAGUAAGUUCCAUCUCUUAUUGAUCCAGUGUUACUACAGGAGGAAACCUAAACUAAACUAACUUUAUUUAUACUGGAUAGCUCUAUCAGUUCUAAACUGUUCUUCCUAGAAGUCCAGUAAGGAUCAUCUUUUAUUAUACUAGCCUAUACAGUUGGAAACCUAAACUAAACUAACUUUAUUUAUACUGGAUAGUUCUAUCAGUCCUGAACUUUUCUUCCUAGAGGUCCAGUAAGGAUCAUCCCUUACUGGUUCAGUUAAACCACAAGAGGAACUAGAAUACUCGGAAACCUGUGGUGUCUGCUGGAGUCAAGCCUGAAGCACUCUUCUCACGCGCGACUGAGGCAUAAUUUUAAUGAACUUCGCCAAUUUGACAAAGUUGAUGUUUUCGAAAAGAACAAUUAAGCUUUAACUUGCUGUAUCGAGAUUUCUGAAGGGUUAACCAAUAUAUCUCAAUACUGGUUCACAUACCAUAAAUUCAUGUGGUUAUUUUGGGUUAAGUGCUGGUUGAAGUUCAUGUCCUUGAGAUGUAGAGUUAUGCAUUGUUUUUGUAAACGCUGUUUUUUUAAUGGAAUUAAUUGUUUGGGAGGAUUUUGUUCUGUAGUUGUACUGAACUGAUAAGUUUUUAAUAUCCUUGCUGUCCUUACUGGAGAACAAUUUAUAACUGAUAAAGUUAUCCAGUUACCCAGUAUUAAAUGAAGUUAUAGUGUUGUCUAAUUUAGGUUUUAAUGACAUUGAAGCAAAUUGCAAGACUUUUAGGUUUAAAAUUAAAACAGAAAUAUGGUAAAGGAAUUUUUCUGAAUAAACAAUAAACAUUGGAAAAUAUGUUGUAUGUUUUGCACGAUAAGAUAAUUCAUUUCAAUGGUUUCUUUGAUGGAAGAAAAUUUAUAGCUAUUCAAACUGUUAAUCAAUAUUUUAAUGAUGGGGGAAAUGCUGUUAAAAGCAAUUGAUUAUGUUGUAAAAACAAUAUGAAAGCAUAAACAACGGAAAUGUGAAAUAAUUAUAGUUGACGUUUUGCUUAAACCGUUUGUUGAAACGCUCUGGUAUACGUCUACCUGCUCCGUACAAAUUCUCACGAUUAAAAUUUAAUGGAAUAUAUAUUUGUUUUGGUUGACAGGGUGGGUUAGGAUAAACACAUUUAAGAAAGUAAUAUCACAAUUGCUUUAUAAAUUAUGUGGCAGCUUACCUACCACACUGAACUAAACUAACUUUAUUGAUAUACUGGAUAGCUUUAUCAGUUCUAAACUGUUCUUCCUAGAGGUCCAGUAACUUCAUUUAUACUGAAUAGCUCUAUCAGUUCUAAACUGUUCUCCCUAGAGGUCCAGAAAGGAUCAUCUCUUAUUGAUCCAGUGUUACUACAGGAGGAAACCUAAACUAAACUAACUUUAUUUAUACCGGAUAGCUCUAUCAGUUCUAAACUGUUCUUCCUAGAGGUCCAGUAAGGAUCAUCUCUUAUUGAUCUAGUAUUACUACAGGAGGAAACCUAAACUAAACUAAUUUUAUUUAUACUGAAUAGCUCUAUCAUUUCGAAACUGUUCUUCCUAGAGGUCCAGUAAGGAUCAUCUCUUAUUGAUCCAGUGUUACUACAGGAGGAAACCUAAACUAAACUAACUUUAUUUAUACUGGAUAGCUCUAUCAGUUCUAAACUGUUUUUUCCUAGAGGUCCAGCAAGGAUCAUCUCUUAUUGUUCCAGUGUUAAUACAGGAGGAAACCUAAACUAAACUAACUUUAUUUAUAAUAAAUAGCUCUAUCAGUUCUAAACGAGUGUUUUCCCUGGACUGCUUGCAUUUCAUGUACAAGGAUUUGUUGUGAUAUUGCACGUUCUGUCGGUCUGCUCACAACACUUUACCACUUCCUUAAAAAUAUUCCUAACCUCUUUUUAACAGAACAGUUCGUAUAGGUUGAACCUUUGUUUAAUAACAUUCCUUCGAUAUUACAUCAAUAUCAGAUAAAAAUUUGCCGCAAAAUCACAGACAACAUUAUAGGACGAUAUCGUAUUGCUUUAGGGCAGCAAAAACUAUUGUACGACUACAAUGUAUGUAACUAUAUAUAUCCUUGAAACAAACAUGAUAUAAUUUUCAUUGUCUAAACAUAUAAUUAUGUCAUCGUUCAUUCGGUAUGCACUUAAGAAAUGUGCAAUUUGAGGCAAGAACUACUCAACAUCGGAUGUGUUUGAUGUACAAUAUAAAUCAUAUUUUUAAACAAUCCUCAGUAUUUUAUUGCCAGUUUAAGAGUAACUUAUCUUUGUAUUUGCUUUACAGUCAAAUUGUUACUACAACAAACGGAAGACGCUUUCAUAAACAAAUCGUAAAAUGAGAAUGAUUUAUUACAUGUACUGUACACGUGAUUUUGAUUAACAUAUUCAAUGUUCCUCCUAAUUUUAACAAGCAAACCAAAAUAAUACGUGGAUGUGAAAAGUAGCAUAGACAUAAAAAACGACAGAAUCGGUCAACUGAUUGUAAUCUUUGAGAUAUCUGCAUUGUUGACCUUUUUACAAAUUUCCCUUAUAAUAUAUCGCUUUUAUAUUCAAUGUUCCUCCUAAUUUUAACAAGCAAACCAAAAUUAUACGUGGAUGUGAAAAGUAGCAUAGACAUAAAAAACGACAGAAUCGGUCAACUGAUUGUAAUCUUUGACAUAUCUGCAUUGUUGACCUUUUUACAAAUUUCCCUUAUUAUAUAAUAAAUUGCUUGUACAAGAUAUGUUGCUCUUUUAAACCCUUUUUACUCAAUCUUCAUUUGUGUCAUGGUGAAUUGCCAAAAUGUUUCUGAAGGUUGUUAUGGUGUUCACCACACUUGUCUUUCAAGCUGGUUCAAUCCUUGCUCGGACCUCCACUCAAGGUCUUAAAAUAAUUGAGGGGAAAGAGCUAUCUUUCAUUGACAUCAGUGAACGGUUAGACUUUCACGUCUUCUCGGAUAAGGACGUUAAAAUCAUAGGUAUCUCGGAUCGGAUUCCAUAUCAAUUGGGCAUAGCUAGCCUGUUGCAUGGGAAUCCGCUCACCAAUGAAUGAGAAAUUCAAUAAACUCAAACUAAACUGGUUUGAAAAUUUCGAGCUACAAUCUUUGACAUAUCUCCAUGGUUGACCUCAUAACAAAUUGCCUGUUACAAGAUAUGAUCUUCAUUUUAAACCCUCUUUACUCAAUGUUCAUGUGAAAUCAAAUACGUGUGACAUCAAAUACCGGAAAACAGAUAAUCUCUUUCAUAGUAAUUGAUCUUUGGAAAAAUCUCCCUGAUCAGCUGAAGGAUCUAAAUAUAUUUUCCUUUUCCAAAAAGUUGAAACGUUAUUUACUGACACAACAAUAUCUUGCAAGAAAUAAUUUAUUCUAUUUAAUCAUGAUAUACCUAAGUAUAAUAUAAAUAAUAAAUCUUCCUUGUGGAACCUAAUAUAUUAGAAUAGUGUGAUUUUUCUUUCUUUUGGAUUUUCUUACCUCUUUUUCUAAAUAAAAAAUUAACAGUAACUGGAGGCUAACUCGAAAACUUCACAGUUUAUUUAGCCUUCAGGCUCUAAAAUUAUAAUUAUAAUAUAUUUAUUUAAAUUAAAAAAUGUAACCUUUAUAAUUGUAUAUGUAUUUAUAAUCUAUUUUUUCAUGUAAAAUUAUUGAGCAAAAUAAACUUCACUUGACUUAACACCUCAAACGUUUCUUACAAAUCCUUCAAAACCUAGAAUUUACCAAUGCAAAAUUCCUAUUGAUUGUGAUCACAGAAACUUUGAUAGUGUAAACCAGACAUUAAAUGACUACCAGCAAAAUCCCUAAUAUUAAAUCCAAGUUAAUCAUUGAUAAAUAACUGAACUAUGUUGUUCAUCCUUUCUAUAGGAAGUACAAGAAAACAUCGCGGAACCUUGCAACAACUACUGCUAUGGGUGAGUUAGGGGAGGGGGUAUUGGGAAUAUACAUAUGACCAGUGGGGGGGGGGUGUUCGUUCCAACCACCCCCACCCCCUCACCCUCCACAUGCACAUAGAUAUCGAAUGGAUAUAGAUUGCAUGUACACUCUUAUUUCUUACUCUAUAAAAAAAAUGGCUUCAAGAUUGGUUUAGAAACAAAUUUGGCAUAGAGUUAGGUUAGGUUAAGGUAAGGGUUAGGGUUAGAGUUGGUGUUUGGAGUAGGGUUAGUGUUAGUAAAAUCGUUGCUUUGUUACGUUUUGUCACUCUGAGGCCAGCGAAAUAAUCUCUUCCAUCUCGGAAUAGUACGGCAUCUUGACUCGUCCCAGACUCAUAAAACAAACGUUUAAUUCCAAGGUGUUUAUAUACUUGGUAAAAACAGAACCGUUUUUUUAAGACAAACUUUAUAUGUUUUGACUUGGUUGUUUCCUGAAAGCAACACCCUUUUCGAUAUUGUCAUAGUAAUUCAAUCACACUCAAAAGAAUCCAUUAAAGUAAUUGUUCUACUGCUAAUAAAAAAUUAAUGGCGAAAACAAGUUCGUCAACGACAGAACAUAAAUCAAUUGAUGUCAAUUGGCUUAUCUUUACUGAAUCAGCUGAUCACACUUUACGCUAGGAAAAUUGGUUAAAAUUUCCUUGCCCUUGACAUAUAAAUUCCUUCACCUUCUACGGCACAAUAAUAUAUUUACAAAAUAGCGGUUACUGCAGGUUGCUUUCGUAGAUCGCUUCAUUCACACGCGAGAAGAAUGGUUUUCGAUCAAGGAGAGAUAGGCCUUAAUGGACCUCUAGGAAGAACAAUUGAGAACUUUAAAAGCCCAUAUAUAUAUACACACGGGCAAUUUUUCCUUUGCAGCUUUUCCUUGAAAAGUUUUAUUUGCUCGUGUGUAGGGCAAAAAAUGACAAUUGUUCCUUGCCAACGAGCUUUGUUCCAAGAAUUGUCAUGGCAGCUAUCGGACAAGGAAAAUUUGUCCGUGUGUACGGCUGCCAAGGAAAACAAGUACAAGAAAUAUUUCUACGGUUUUGGCAAACAAAUGGGGGCGUUGACGUGAGAUAAAUGUUUAACUCAACAUUCCCUGCACACGAGCAAGGGAAAUUUGUCAAGGGAAACUUGUCAACGAAGACUUGUUGAGCGUACAUACGGGAAGCUAAACUUGUCAAGGAAAACUCGUCUGUGACCGGCCUUAUCAAAUAGAGCUAUUCAGUAUAAAGUUGGUUUAUUGCAGUUAUGUUAUGGUUAUAAAGAGGGAACCCGCCUUAUACUUACAUUUCCAUGUAAAGAUUGCUCAGUUCCCGUAUACACCAUAAUAACCAAUCACAUCCUCAUUUCCCACAGAAUAAAAAAUACACAACAAACAUCCCAGACUGAUUUGGCAAAUGUACGUUUUGGGAGGAGAAUUUUAGUCUCUAUUUCCGCGUCAAAUAUUAAUUUAUGAUCGUAACUGUAAGAUGAGAAGCCAUUACGGUAUGACAAAGUGAGAAAUAUAGUUUCCUUUGCCUUUCGAGUUUUGUAAUUCAUUUUUACCAUAUAUGUCGAAAUGUAGAGCUAAAUGGACAUGUUUACGAAGUUUGAACGGUGUUGACUUUGUAUAAUGGGUCAUAAAGUUACCAUUAACCCCCAGUAUGCCCUUGAACACUCCUCGCGUCGUGAGAGCAAAAGACAUGCAUGCAGAAUGACAUGAUUUGUACAAUAAUGUAAUGCUCAGGAUGCAUGUAAUUCCAUUAAAAUCAACAGUUUUCGUAUUUCAUUUUAACCUAAGCAGGAAAUCAUGUUCUAUUCAUUGCUUAGCUGUAACGUGUCAUCUUUAUUUAUGACACUAAAGAUUAUUUGUUUGAUCUAUAAUUACCAUGAUCAAGAGGAACUAACCUUGUAAAACCUUCAUGAUCUAGUUAUUGAAUCUGAAUAUAUCAAACCAUGUUGCGGGAUGUGUUUUCAAAUAAAACUAUCAUAUAGAUAAUCAUGUGAAAAUACAACGUACUGUGACGUCGGUGAUGUCAUGAUCAGGACAUGGAUAAAACACUUCGGUGCUCGUGAAGACAGUCAAUCAACGCUUUACCAAAUUCAUGCUCUUUCCCCGGGUACUUCCGUUUGAAAAUCCUUGAUAGGCAUAGACAGAGCUGAAAAUGUCCAUGUUUUCUAGACUGGUGUUUUUCCUCGUAAUGGGUCCGCCCUACGAAAUCUUCGCCUGAAAGUAUGAAAGUAUUUCUAUCACAGAAAGAUACGUUACAUAUCAGUGAAUUUCAUAAAUUUUGCAAACACGUUCUCUGACUGAUGAUUAUAUUCAUUAAACGAGCUUUCGAUCACCUUACUGUGGUCUUCGGGUCGCUCAGUUGUCAGAGCAAGAGUCUUUCACGUCUAAGUUCGUGGGUUGGAUUCUCGCUACGGACUCAUGUGAAAAGAAUCAGUGAAAGAAAGAAAGUCGUGGGUUUUCUCCGAGUGCUCCGGUUUCCUCCCACAGGGAAUGUUGACAGGGUGGGUUAGGAUAAACAUAGUUAAGAAAGUAAUACUGAUCACAAUUGUUGUAAAGAUAAAUAGUCUAGGCUAAGUAAGUCGCAUAAGUAAGCGUAAUACUUGAUGUAAUCGUUCACUGAAAAGCCCCAAUGGGGAAUGAGCUGAGUAAUAAUAUAAUGUCUUCAACAUGCAGGUACAAAAAUAUCCUGUGCAACACCACGAAAGCUCUUUUAGUAAACUAAUCAUGCGAUGACGAGUACAAUUAUAGGGAUUAAUAGUACUCGUGAUGUUUGGAAAUUUUGCCAAAAUUGGACGGGCCGCUGGGGCGAGCCCAAUUUGGCACAAUUUCCAAACAUCACGAGUAUGUCUUAAUUGUCCGAGUAUGCAACAUCGCAUGAUUACUUGUUUAUUAUUAGCAUGACAAAAUUAGAUAAUUCUCAAUGUCAACAUCAUAUUCUCUUACCAAAGCCCAGUCUUGCCAGACUUUCAACCAAAAUUUAGUGCUUUUGUUCGUAUAUUCAUUCAGUUCUUUUGCUUUAAGUUCCUCUAGGGCAAUUUCAUUUGUGUUUAAAUACCUUUCCGCCAUUUUGUUUGUUUUGAGAAAAUCCAUUAAUUGUACUGCAGUACAAUUAAUGAAAUAAUUAUACUCCUCUCAACCAAUCAGCAUCCAGUAAUUUUGUUAUGCUAAUAGUAAGUAUAGGUAAUCAUGCAGUUAGAGAACGUGUUUACCAAAUUUAUGAUGUCUCAACCUGGUUGCACCCUCUCCAUAUUUUUUCAUAUACCAGUGAAUCGUCUGUAAAACAUUUCGAUACUAAAAGUAGUACCUUGCUAUGUGACUACUCACCCUCCAGCUAUUCAAAAACAGCAUUGACACUCGAGGGAAGCUCAGAUUGAACCUCCAGUCGUUGAGUGUAAGUGAGCUUUUGGAAUACAGGCGUAAGAGUUGAAAAUGUUUACCGACCAAUUUAUAUAGGCCGAGAUCGUUAAGAUAUUAUAUCAUAGUAUUUAUAAACUUAUUGCCAUAAACCUAAAUUCAAAUAUGGGGACAUAUUCAGAGUAGAGAGAUAUGUAUAUAAAGAAUGUAUGGAUUCAAUUUUGGGUCUUCCUAGUUCAAUUACAGGAUCUUAAAGCCUAGCUGGUUCACAUCAGCAAUUUUGUCGACGAUUUUGUGUUCCUGACGGAUGCAAAUGAGUGAACUUGCACACAAAAGUAUAGGGGCGCUUUUCAAAAGUAAACAAGUCUUUUGCAUCUCAUUCCUUCAAUUACAUUUGCCAGGAGAAGAAUCGCCAACAGAAUGGCUAUAGUGUGAACCAGGCCUUAAUUGGCUCGCUGAAUAUGCAAGAUUUCGGCUUGAGUCAAUUGUAUGUUGACAAAACAGUGUUGGGAUUUAUUGUGGGUGUAUAUGGUCACAAAAACAUUUAAACGUUCUCACCAGGCCCUCUUUACAAUUCUUACAACUGAGAAUCACUAUGUUGAUGUGCCCAUGAUAAUAACAAGAUUACCAAUUGUAACUAUGAUGCAUGGUUUAAAUUACCUUAGAUCCUUUGAGAUAGAAUACUAGAUAAGGCUGUAUCAGCCGCUUAGUCUUUUCUCUGAAUGCAAUGCUAGAUCUGUAAUACUGUAUUUAAAAUUACAAUAUAUUUUAUAAUCAAUUAACUUUAUAUACUUUCCUUAUUUGUAAAAAUAUUUUCUAAACUUACAUACACUAUAAUAUAGCCUAUACAGAACACUGCUGCAAGACUUGUAGUCGGAGGGAAAAAAUAUGAUCACGUCAUCCCGAUAUUGAAACAGCUUCAUUGGCUGCCUAUAAGGGCCAGAAUAGAUUUUAAGAUUCUGCUUAUUACUUAUAAGGCCCUUAAUAACCAAGCACCGGACUAUAUAACAGAACUUUUAGAUAUUUAUAGGCCUAAGCGUACUUUGAGAUCAACAUCACAGAAUUUAUUAGUUGUUCCGAAAUCGAACACUAAGACGUAUGGUGAGAGAACAUUCCAAGUGAGUGCUCCUAAGCUAUGGAACUCUCUACCUGAUUACAUUCGUCUCUCAAGUUCAUUAGGUAUUUUUAAAGGCUUAGUAAAGACACAUCUUUUUAGGAAAUACUUUGACUAGAUAGCACGUUUUUAUAUAUUUCAGUAAUUGCAUACAUGUAAUAUAGUAUAAAUUAUGAGACCCGAUCCUUGUAAGAGCAUCGAGACUCUGUAAGAUGCUCCUAAAACUGUAUUAUUAUUAUUAUUAGCUUGCCUACUCGCAAGUAAUGCAACGUAUAUUUUUCUUUGUAAAUUUUUGUAAACAUCAAAUCAUUAACGUUAAACGAUGAGUGUUUAAAUCUUCCUUAGUAACAGUACAAUCGCUCCCUAACAAGACUGUCCUAUAGCAGGGCUCGUUCAUGUUUUCCUAGAGAUAUGUAAUUACUACCUGUUACUGUUGUUUACAGUGGAAACAGGAUAGCAUAUAUUAUACAUACAGGCAUGGUAACUCCAUUUCAAACUGGAACAAUGUAUCUCCUCCCAUUUACGGUCAUUUAAGGCUGUCAGAUCGUUUCAGACAUCCGUUUGAAAAGUUCCCUGUUUCCAUUUGCCUUUGUAAUUACAUUUUAUGACCUAAAUAAUUUGUGCUUUAGUGCCUUGUUUUCCAUGACCAAGUCUUUGAAUAUUAAAUAUGGAAAGAAGUACUUUACCUCGUGCUUUGCAUUUUCAGUAGUUCUCCUUAGAGGUCCAGUAAGGAUUAUCUCUUAUUUAUCCAGUGUUACUGCAGGAGGAAACCUAAGCUAAACUAACUUUAUUUAUACUGGAUAGCUCUAUCAGUUCUAAACUGUUCUUCCUAGAGAUCCUGUAAGGAUCAUCUCUUAUUGAUCCAGUGUUACUGCAGGAGGAAACCUAAACUAAACAAACUUUAUUUAUACUGGAUAGCUCUAUCAGUUCUAAUUGUUCCCCUAGAGAUCCAGUAAGGAUUAUCCCUUAUUGAUCCAGUGUUACUACAGGAGAAAAUCUAAAGUAAACUAACUUUAUUUAUACUGGAUAACUCUAUCAGUUCUAAACUGUUCUCUCUAGGGGUCCAAUAAAGAGACUCUUAAUGGUCCAGUGUUUGACUAUACAACAGAAAACCUAAACUAAGUUAACUUUAUUAAUGCCAUGAAUAGCUUCCCUUAUAAUGGAGUGCCUGAAAAAAAUGUGCAGCUUAUCUCACAUGUGACUGGCUGAGGUGAAUUCAUCAAUGUAAGUCAGCAAUGAGCACAUGCAUUAUAUGGGAUCGAUCAACAUCUCUAGGUAACCCAACAAACUAUUCAAUAUUGCAUCUCAUAACUUUUAUAUGUAAACAUUAAGAUCAACUUAAGUUAAGUAUCUCACGAUAAGAUAAUCGUUACAGCAGAACAUACCAUUAUAAUUACCUCAGAAUACACUCACAAUAUCAAGCUAAAACAACAACUUGUUUUUUCAUAAAUUGCAAAACGUCCGGUUACAAGUUUUGAACAUUGUUUGGAUUUAAUUGUACAAAAAAACCCAGUUUCUAUCAAUUAAAAUUUAAAAUACAUACGUCUAGCUUUCAUCUUUGUGACUGGGGUUUCAAUUCCUGUAAUACGCAGUUAUAUGAUUAUAAUUUCGCAAUAGUCGUAUGUGAAAAGAAGCCUUCCAGGCUCUACCAAACACCGAAGUGGACCCGAGCAGGGGAUGCUUUGCAGCUAGAAAAGGUUGUGUGAGUUUAAGCCUUGAAGCGCUUUUAUUUCGGAACAAUUGAAAUAAAUUCUUAUUUUUCUUGCCUUCAUAUAGUUUGGGAAGCCAGAUAUACCACAUCGCAAUUUUUUGUAAUUAGCAAACAGAUGAGAAGUACGUUCAGCCCUGAAGCAUUUUUGGCAAGGUAAAAAGUUAUACAGUUUUUAUGAACCAACACAUAAUCUCUAUUAUAUAAAACACACGCAUUUACUAUUGUAGCUUGACAAUAAAUAGAAUUCUUGGCUACAAGAUUCUGCAGACAUUGCCUGCGAGUUGUAAUAGAUUAUUGGUCUUUAAAAAGAUCGAGGGAUAUUUAAAGAACCGCGCCUCUUCGGCAUGUUUGUCUUCGCUCGAGUGGAAAAUUCGCUUGUUGUUAAAAAUAAUCUGCAUGCAAGUCAACAGGAUUAAUCUUGAGAUUUAAUCCUUUAUAUAGAGCACGAUAUGUUCUGUUUUAAAAAAAAAUGCACAAUUUGAAUUGAAAAUGUGUCUUGGAGAUGGUUUUGACCAUUUCUGUUCCUUUCCUGGGCUCCUAAUCGUACAGGCGUUGUUCAAGUUAGGAGUUCUUCUACUCUUUCAUUGUUUGUGAUAAUCAUUAGGGAAAGCUGACGCACUUCUGAAGUCUUAUUCAUGCUGUGUGGCCGUAUCCUAUAGCAAGCCUAGGCGGGAAAUUAUAAUUGACUUGAUAGCUCUAUAUGAAAGACAAGAGAACAAUACUCGCAACGUGUGAGCAUUUCAUAACAAAGAGUUUUGAUAAAGAUGUGAUCAAAAUUAAAUCAAAUCAAAACCUCAACAAACUGUGAAUUUGGUAUAACAAAACAUCAGGGGGCUUUCUCAAUCUAACCUAAAAUGCCUUGGCCUUCGAUCAAUACAUGAGGAUUUGCACUAAACAAUGAGUUUAUUUUCAAUAUUUCGUAAUUGGCUAAAUGAUUUCCUGCCAGGAAAAUUUCAAUUGGUCACUACGCCCCACACAGCUUAUACUAAUUAUGCUGCCUAUAAAUUACCGUGCGUUUAAAGCAUCGUAAUACACUCUGCUCAACACGUCCUCGAAGAAAGAGCUAAGAGCAAAAACAGCUUGUAUAGAGUGAUGACUGUUUUCCCACCGAACAACACAAACGUGGAUUUGAGUAGAAGAAUAGAAAGCGAGUUUCCUAACACGAGCGUUAUUAAAAAGAUGAGCGAUUGGACUAAAGUUAUGACGACGCAAGAGGGACACUACUCGACAACAAAAUUGGAUCUCAAACAAGAGGAAACAAACACUACUGAUUCUCGAGUAUCGAAUCUACACGAUGAAGAAAUGAACUCCACUGAAUCAGACGUAAAAACCCCAAAACUCGAAGCAACAGCCACAAAAGAUAACACUGACGCGGACACAAAACCUUCGCAUUCCUAUAUCGCUCUCAUAGCCAUGGCUAUACUUAGUAAACCUAGCAAGAAAGUCCUACUUGGCGACAUCUACAAUUACAUCUCGGAAAACUUCCCUUACUAUCGUAGUAAAGACAAGAGUUGGAGGAACAGCAUCAGGCAUAAUCUCUCGCUCAACGAAUGCUUUAUCAAGGCAGGACGAAGUGAAAACGGUAAAGGAAACUACUGGGCGAUACAUCCAGCAAAUUUAGAAGACUUCGCCAACGGUGACUUUCGACGAAGACGGGCGAGACGUCGAGUUCGAAAGAGUCAUUCAACGUUGUGUACGCGUUAUGGAAGCUUACCAUUCCAGCAACAUGCUUUCUUAAACUACCGUGGGGCAGAGCCUUACCUACAGCCCUACUACCUAACUCCGUUCAAUCUUCCCAACUGUGUGAGAAAGAGCAAUUUCGGUAUUGAUAGCUUGCUAUCUCCCCGUGUGCCUCUAGCAAGUGGACUCCAGAGCCCCGUAGAGUAUGCCGCCUCUGCAUCACUUUGCCAAUCUGCGCUUCUCCGAGCAGGGUACACGACCGCUCCGCCUUACACUACGACGCCAGUGAAUCAUUCCCUCUCAUACCCCAUGGUCUUAGCGUCGAACAAUGAAAUCCCAACCGAAAGUUGGCAUGAGACAUGGAAAAAACUGAAAGCGCAAUUUCAGAGUCAAACAUAGAACAUUAAUGUUGUACUAUUAUAUAUAAGUGGACAUAUUUAUAUGGACAAGCUAUUAUAGGGGAUGAUAUCUCAAACAAGCGAGUCCAGCGUAGGUGGUAUUCUAGGAUAAGUUGCCGCAUGGUUUGGGUCUGAACUACCUGAAAAGGUUAACUUAAGGAGCAAUGGCCUCUCACUUCUUUAAACCUAACAAAGUAUCGCCGCUCGAAGUGUGUCCUUUUUAGGAAAUUCACGCAUGCCCAAACCAUGGUAACUAUAUAUAGGGAAUCGCUCCAGCAUAAGUCCAAAAGCCAGUAACAUAUUUGAAAGAGAAAUGCAGUGAAUUAUAAGGUUGUACAAAAUAGCACGUGCUCGUGUUGUGUUGUAUCUCCGCGUCGUUUUAUUCAGAGAAAAAAUGUUAAUGUCCCCUUUUCAAAAUUACUUGCAUCAAUUUGAAAUCCUUUCAUCUGUUUUCCGUAGAAACUAAAGAUUCAGUACAUUUAAAUUCUGUGUAAAUUGCUGUAACGCUAUAUUAAUUUCACACUUUCGUACGAGUCAUGCCUAAUUACGUGCAACUAUCUCCGACAACUUAUUAAAUCUUUGUUGAAUGUUGUAUAUAAACUUCCACUUUUCAUUCAUAUGUUUACUGGCUUUUCAAUUCAAAGCUGUAAGGCAUUUAGGGUGUUUAAUCUUCGCUUGAGUUUACAAUAUUUAAGAGUAGCAUUACUUUCAAGCUGCAGGACUUGAAUGAAAUAUAUUACAUACAGGGGCUAACUUGAAAAGGAAUGACUUACUUUUCAAUCUGUUUGUAUCGAAAAAUAAGUAAACAUAUAGAUUGCAAUCUGUAUAGUACAAACAUUAAGUUGAAGUAGAUUAAUCCUACCCCCGUCACAUAUUUAUUUAGCUUAGUGUCAAAUUAGUCUUAAAUAAAUGGAAUUAUUCUGCGCAAAAGCAUCUGGACACGCGACUACAGAGAAAUUAUAUGGAAAAAAUGUAUUAAAAAUUGGAAUUGAAUUAUUUGUAAAUAGAGUAUAUCGUAUAUUUGAGUUAUAUUUCUGAGAUAUCUAAAUGUAAUUAGUAUAUAGCAAGUCAACACAAUAUGUUUGUUCAAAAACUUAACAUAAAUAAACAUAGAUUAUUCAAGAGUGACCACCUUGUUUGCAGAUAAAUUUGUACACCUAAUUGAAGAGUCUUAUAAAUAAUCUAGAAGCGUACCGCAGCACACACUAGCCUUUGUCAUGCUGGGAUUUUAAUUUGAGUUAUAUUUUCCGUUUUUAAACAAAUUUGAAAACCGCAAACAAGCUUAUGUCAUGGUUAGAUCGUCAGGGUCAGUCAUGAAAGGGAUUUUAAAUACGCUUGAUAAUAUUCCGUGCUGCUGCAAGCUUGUCCCCAGCUUGAUAAAGUUUGUGAAUGUCAGAUAGGUUUAAAGCGAGCAUAUAGUUUGAAAAUAUUGGAUUCCCUAAUCUUAUAGUCUUUCUUUGUAAUGAAGGGUUAUUUACACAUAAUUAUCAGCUGCCUUGUAGUUGUCGUUUCAAUUUUAAAUUGCUUCCUGAGUGUUUUGAAAAUGACAUCUUUAAUCCCACUGCUGGGGUAGCGUUUUACGACCUAGCGCAAAAUGCUAUUUCUUGCACGAAAGGCAAAUUAUACCUCGUCUAUAGUUGUACCGUUUUUAAAAAGGUGUCAAGUUUUAGUGAAAUUUAAAUUAUCUAUAUUUGUGUAACAAUAAUUGUUCAAAGUGAUGUAUGUUUAAAGACGAUAUUAAAUGAAUCACACUGUAAUUAUAUUUCGUUUUAAAUUAAGGUUUCGUUUUACUUUAAAUGUACAACAGCCUUGUAAUAAUCGUUGCAAUAUCGAGUUUUUGUUUAUGUUUUGAAAAGAUAUUCGUUUUUGGACUCAAUAUAGACAAUAUAUUAUCGAGUAAGUUGUUUGCUAGCUUACAUUCUGAUUCAAUAAACGUGUUUUAAAGCAUUUAUUUAAAACAGAGGAAAAUAGAAGAUAAGUAACAACAGAAGAAUAAGGAACAUGGAUCUAUUAAACGAUUCAGCUGCAAUUUCAAACCAAAUACACGGAAAGCCAUCAUAAUUAUAAAAUAAUGAUCACAUAGAAGCAUAGUGGCAAAUAUAUUAUUUGAAAACAAUCAAUGAAUGAAGAUUGCUUUUAUAAGUGAGUUUCGCUAAGAAUAAAAUUGCAUCUGCAAACAGUCGUAGCAUUAUAGGUAGGUUUCAUUGUAUCGGAGUAGCGGCUACAUGCGUUGUACGUAUCAGCAUCAGAAAGUGAGGAAAUAUAAUCACUCAUUUCAUGAUAUGUAGUAGUCUUGUAUUGGGUGCAAGCUAGUAUAUAUCUUGUUCCUAGUAAUGCCAACGUUUCUGGUGUUACCACAAUCUACAUUCAUUGAAACGUAUAAAUAUAAAUGAAGAAAUAAAAAUUGCAUGUGUAUAUAUGCGUGCAGGAGAAAUGCGGCAAUAUAUGUCUGGACAGGAAGGCUCAAUGUAGCUAAUUUUACUAACUAGAUUUAAACCACAGAGGGGAAAGUUUAUCUAUUUUCAAACUCAAUGGUAAUAGGCUUAAGCCACUAUAAUACAGGAUUCAACAAGGCACAACAACAACUUAAGUCGCCUUGUAGGCAUGUGAUGCAGUAAUUUGAUUCCUAACUCUAAAAUUAUCAAUCUAACCAAGGACUAGAUAAGCCAAGUCAUAUCCUCAGUUUCAUUUACAUAGAGAGGAAAGAAGAAAUUUAUAUUUUACUUGACCGUACGUAUUAAAUGAUAAAACUCAUCAAUUAUAUGAUCCAAAAAUUAGACAUUUGUUUUUAAAGUGUCUAUGACAUGAAAUUUUUUUUGAAAGAAGAAGAGUACUUAGCUCAUAUAUUUCACAUGUAUUUAUUUAUAUCAAUAUAUUAUCUUGCAAGGUCGGAUUCUUUCAUAUAUUCUUGUUUUGGUUCGAUUAUAAGAAAGAAUUAUAAGAAACGUUGAACCCAACUCCAACUGGCAAACCAAAUAUCGAACAGUUGUACUCUUCAAUUAAUUUCUGUAGAGUAAAUACAGGAUAAUAUAAAACGUUUUGUGAUACAAGAGUGUGGACUAUAUAUAGGACAGCCAACUUUUAACUCUUAGUUUUCAAUAAUAACAUUUUGCAGUUCAAUGUUCAAAAUGUGGAUUAUUGUUUUUUCUUGACACCGAAGAAGAUUAAGUCAAUUUCUUCCAGAAUAGAAAUGUAAAAAGAAUAGAACCAGAUAGCUUCAGAUUGAGAGGCAUUCAACUGCUUGAAAAAUACAAGUAAAACGUUGACGUUUCCAGCGAAAGUCUUCCGGCUUCGCUAAUAACCUAACGACGAAGGGUUUUUGCUCGAAACGUCGACGUUUUGCUUGUAUUUAGUUCAGGUAGUUCAAUCCCAUUCAAUACGAAGCUUUCUCGUGUUAUUGUCACUACCUACGCACAGUAGUUCGAGUUUAUAAAAAGAAUAUAAUCCUUCUAUUAUGGACUAGGGGAAAUUUUGUUGCUUGGCCUGUCCAUGCAUGCAUUAGAGUUUUGGUCGUGAACGAUAUAUGAGCCUUACUUUAUUUAAGAAACAUGUCAAAACUUAACAACCUCCACUUUAUGUGCAAAGUGAAGAAGAAUAUUUAGUACUUUGCUGUUACAACUAAUAGCUGUUUCUUGCUUUGUCAAUGACUCUCGUCGUUAACAAUAUUGUAUUCACGCUAAUUUCAAUAAACCACUGAUGGCGAUCAACCUUCGUGAUUUAGUGUAAAAAUCGAGGAACAUAUUGUGUACUUCGUGUGUUAUAUUUCUGUUAGAAAUCAGGAAAGCUUCUUGUAACUUUAUGCAUGGUUUCAGAAUAUACUUUGGAUCUUUUCUUUGAGAAAUAUGGAAACAAACACCGCCCAUCUCGACUUAGUAAGAUUUCGUAUAUAAGAAUUCACCGCAAAUAUCGUUAACCAAGUAUGGGAUCUUUUCUACACUUUUCUACAAACGUCAUUUUGAUAUUCAUCUCAUAUAGAUUCUAAUGUGUACAUAAAUAGUCGUAUCGAUCCAUGCUUUGUGUACUUACAAGUUCUACUUAUAUAAUCAUAUACACAUAUACAUGCCAAACAUAGAAUUGUGAUAUUGAUAGCUUGUUGAAAACUGCAAUUCAAAGAUGAUAUAUUAAGCUACUGUUGUGAUUUGAUAAGUGAGUUUAUAAGUUGGAUAACUCUAUCAGUUAUAAACUGUUCUUCCUAUAGAACUCCA